AUGAACAAGGCGAAGAUGAACAAGGCGGAGAGGAACAAGGAGAAGAGGAACAAGGAGAAGAGGAACAAGGAGAAGAUGAACAAGGCGGAGAGGAACAAGGAGAAGAGGAACAAGGAGAAGAGGAACAAGGCGGAGAGGAACAAGGAGAAGAGGAACAAGGAGAAGAGGAACAAGGGGAAGAGGAACAAGGAGGAGAGGAACAAGGCGGAGAGGAACAAGGCGGAGAGGAACAAGGAGAAGAGGUACAAGGAGAAGAUGAACAAGGCGGAGAGGAACAAGGAGAAGAGGUACAAGGAGAAGAUGAACAAGGCGGAGAGGAACAAGGAGAAGAGGAACAAGGAGAAGAGGAACAAGGAGAAGAUGAACAAGGCGGAGAGGAACAAGGAGAAGAGGAACAAGGAGAAGAGGAACAAGGAGGAGAGGAACAAGGCGGAGAGGAACAAGGCGGAGAGGAACAAGGAGAAGAGGUACAAGGAGAAGAUGAACAAGGCGAAGAUGAACAAGGCGGAGAGGAACAAGGAGAAGAGGAACAAGGAGAAGAUGAACAAGGCGGAGAGGAACAAGGAGAAGAGGAACAAGGAGAAGAGGAACAAGGAGGAGAGGAACAAGGCGGAGAGGAACAAGGCGGAGAGGAACAAGGAGAAGAGGAACAAGGAGAAGAGGUACAAGGAGGAGAGGAACAAGGCGGAGAGGAACAAGGAGAAGAGGAACAAGGAGAAGAGGUACAAGGAGGAGAGGAACAAGGCGGAGAGGAACAAGGAGAAGAGGAACAAGGAGAAGAGGUACAAGGAGAAGAUGAACAAGGCGGAGAGGAACAAGGAGAAGAGGAACAAGGAGAAGAGGAACAAGGAGAAGAUGAACAAGGCGGAGAGGAACAAGGAGAAGAGGAACAAGGAGAAGAGGAACAAGGAGGAGAGGAACAAGGCGGAGAGGAACAAGGCGGAGAGGAACAAGGAGAAGAGGUACAAGGAGAAGAUGAACAAGGCGAAGAUGAACAAGGCGGAGAGGAACAAGGAGAAGAGGAACAAGGAGAAGAGGAACAAGGGGAAGAGGAACAAGGAGGAGAGGAACAAGGCGGAGAGGAACAAGGCGGAGAGGAACAAGGAGAAGAGGUACAAGGAGAAGAUGAACAAGGCGGAGAGGAACAAGGAGAAGAGGAACAAGGAGAAGAGGAACAAGGAGAAGAUGAACAAGGCGGAGAGGAACAAGGAGAAGAGGAACAAGGAGAAGAGGAACAAGGAGGAGAGGAACAAGGCGGAGAGGAACAAGGCGGAGAGGAACAAGGAGAAGAGGUACAAGGAGAAGAUGAACAAGGCGAAGAUGAACAAGGCGGAGAGGAACAAGGAGAAGAGGAACAAGGAGAAGAUGAACAAGGCGGAGAGGAACAAGGAGAAGAGGAACAAGGAGAAGAGGAACAAGGAGGAGAGGAACAAGGCGGAGAGGAACAAGGAGAAGAGGUACAAGGAGAAGAUGAACAAGGCGAAGAUGAACAAGGCGGAGAGGAACAAGGAGAAGAGGAACAAGGAGAAGAGGAACAAGGGGAAGAGGAACAAGGAGGAGAGGAACAAGGCGGAGAGGAACAAGGCGGAGAGGAACAAGGAGAAGAGGUACAAGGAGGAGAGGAACAAGGAGGAGAGGAACAAGGCGGAGAGGAACAAGGCGGAGAGGAACAAGGAGAAGAGGUACAAGGAGAAGAUGAACAAGGCGGAGAGGAACAAGGAGAAGAGGAACAAGGAGAAGAGGAACAAGGAGAAGAUGAACAAGAUGGAGAGGAACAAGGAGAAGAGGAACAAGGAGAAGAGGAACAAGGAGGAGAGGAACAAGGCGGAGAGGAACAAGGCGGAGAGGAACAAGGAGAAGAGGUACAAGGAGAAGAUGAACAAGGCGAAGAUGAACAAGGCGGAGAGGAACAAGGAGAAGAGGAACAAGGAGAAGAUGAACAAGGCGGAGAGGAACAAGGAGAAGAGGAACAAGGAGAAGAGGAACAAGGCGGAGAGGAACAAGGAGAAGAGGAACAAGGAGAAGAGGAACAAGGGGAAGAGGAACAAGGAGAAGAGGUGCUAA